AUGUCGCCUUCUACCCCCUCAAGCGAUUCCCAUAUUCAUUCCGAAAAAUCCACCCAGUCCGAAACCGACUUGAUAGUAUCCGCACUCAACAACCCCCAACACAUCCAGAAAAUUGUCAGUGAAGCCAUUAUCCUGGGCGGCGGUGCCGCCGCGAUUCUCCUGCAAGUUGCGCACCCUGGCGUUGCAAAGGGGGUCAACUACCACAGCAGUUUCGCGACGCGCCCCGUCGACAGACUCAGAACAACAAUGACCUACGUCUACAGCAUGCUGUUUGGAACACCAGCUGAGAAGAAAAAAAUCAUCGAGUUGGUGCAUCGCGCUCAUGCGCCCGUCAAAGGGUCAGACUAUGAAGCCGAUGAUCCCAGUGCGCAGCUCUGGGUUGCGGCCACCUUGUACGCCGUUGGCGUUGACUUGUACGAGUCUAUAUUCGGCGUUUUGGACGAAGAAACGGCGGAACAGGCAUACAGAGAAUACGUUGUCCUGGGCGCCUCUCUGCGCGUGCCCGUAGAAAUGUGGCCAAAAGACCGCGAGGCCUUCUGGAUCUACUGGGACGAGCAGCUCGCGACAUUCGACAUCUGCGACGAAGCAAAGAACGUCGCGCACGAUCUCCUGUAUAACCCCAAGAUUCCGUUCUACUUCAAAGCACUGAUGCCGACGCUGCGUCUUGUUACGGCGGAGUUGCUCCCCGAGCGCCUGAGAAAGGAGUAUGGUCUGAAAAGCAGUAAGGGGCGCAAGCGGUUGUAUAAAUCGACGAUGGCGAUCACAAAGGCGACGUAUCCAUUUUUGCCCAGAGCAAUCAGGACAUACCCAGUCAAGUUCUAUAUGAAGGAUAUGAGGAAAAGGAUGAAGAAGUAUGGGGAGACGCAGAGGAAGAUUUAG